CCUCACCAUAGUAACACCACCGAGGCUGAGCGGGGCUGCUGCUGGGACACCUGUAGAGGAACGGAUUAUCUUUUAUUUAGAAAAUCCUAAUCUCAGUUUUUGUUUUUUACAGCCUCAAAAAUCCGUGGAAAUGUUCAACAGUAAUCGUGGGGAGUUUGAUGAGGACCCGUUCUUCUCGGAUCCUUUCCGGGCUCACAGGGAACAUAUGCGGCAGAUGAUGCGCAGCUUCUCUGAGCCAUACGGCGGGCAAACAAUGCCCAGUAUAAUGGAUGGGAGAAACCGUGGUUGUGACAUGGCGGAACAUCCAAGCUCAUCCCUGGCGCUGAGGGGCGAACACAGGGAUAUGAGCCGGUCAUUGUUGCCCUUUGGCAGUAUUGACAACACGGACAUGAAUAGGAACCCAUUAGGCAUGUUCGACAACAUGAUGUCCAACAUGAGAAACAGGAUGCAGGACAUGCACAGGAACGUUGAGAACAUGUCCACAGAUACAAACACCCACUCGUUCAGCUCCUCAUCAGUCAUGACAUAUUCAAAGGUUGGAAAUGAGCCUCCCAAGGUCUUCCAGUCGAGCUCAUCGACACGUCGUGCCCCUGGAGGGAUCAAGGAGACCCGGGAAGCAGUUAAAGACUCUGAGAGUGGUCUGGAAAAGAUGUCCAUUGGUCACCACAUCCAGGACAGGGGACACGUUGUUGAGAAGAAAUUCAACAAGAAGACCGGAGGGAAGGAGUUCAACCAGGACUUUCAGAAUAUGGAUGAAUCUGAAGCACAAACUUUUGACGAUGAGUGGCAGCAGGAGGUGUCCAAGUUUCUCCCGUCUGACCCAAUGUCUCGUCUGGAGGAGCCCCGACAUCGUGGCGUUCACUGGGCAGCCCUCACCGGUCCUGAGUCGGAGCACAGUGACCAACCAAAGGGCAAGGCUGGGGGGUAAAAGCAACAUGAAAGGUCCAGGCUCGACAAAGCAGUGAAAACAUCUGUUUGUGUGCUUAUUAAAAUCUUUCGAGCAUCAUAAA